GUGUGAUGGCUCCUGCCAGUGACGUGCCCACCAUAUGGCCCUGGCAUCCGAGCUGGUAUGUAACCUCUCGCGUGCGUGGAGCCAUGCCACACCGUCUCCGCGCGCUGCCCGGGAAGGACUAGCACACGCACGCGCGCACAAACACACAUACAUUUACACACAUAUACAUACAUGAACGAUUGUACUCUUGAACGGAGCGUCCUAGCGGGGUGCCGGUCCCUCAUGAUGAUGAUGAUGAUGAUGGUGAUGAUGGUGGUGAUGAUGUAGACGGAAAAGGCGCCUUCGCUCGACGAAGUGCACUAGAAAGGAGUGCCAUGUUGACGCGGUUAUUCAGCGACGCGCAGAAGUUCCCAGGUUGGGCGGACGACAGCGGAAGCGACGACUCCAAGACGAAGGAUGACGAGCACGAGCGGGGGUCGCGCGAGGACGACGCUGACGACGUGUUGGGCGACGCCAAGAGCACAAGUCGCGCGCAGUCGGAGAUCGCGGCAGAUGAGGAGGAAGACGAAGAUGACGACGACGACGAUGGCGCCGACGAUGACGAGAACGGCGACCGACCGCGAAAGCGCGGCCCCAAGAAGCGCCAGAUGACGCCGGCGCGCCUCGAGCGCUCCAAGCUGCGACGGCAGAAGGCGAACGCGCGCGAGCGCACUCGCAUGCACGACCUUAACUCGGCGCUGGACAACUUGCGCAAAGUGGUGCCUUGCUACUCAAAGACGCAGAAACUGUCAAAGAUAGAGACUUUGCGCCUUGCCAAAAACUACAUAUGGGCGCUCUCGGAGAUCUUGCGUAACGGUAAACGACCAGACGUCGUUUCAUACGUGCAGACAUUGUGCAAAGGACUCUCGCAACCGACUACGAAUCUAGUGGCCGGUUGCUUGCAGCUCAACGCGCGGAACUUUCUCACUGAUCUUUCGCAUCAAGAGAGCGCGGCGGCGCGCUUCCACGCGCCUGACGCGUCCUUCGCCGCCGCGGCGCACGCCUACCCGUACCAGUGUGCGCGCCUCGCGGGCCCUCAGUGCCAAUCCGGCGCGCACGGGUAUUGCUAUGAACCCGAAUACGCGGGAGCCGCCGAGUACGACGCCCGACGCAGCCCGACGCCCACGUGCGUCAACGGUGGAUUCGCGUUGCGAUCGCACGAGGCCGUGUCACCGGAAAUCGCGGACCGGGGAUACCAUCACUACUCCAUGCACUACGCAGCUGCGCGCAGCCUCGCCUAUGGCCCUUCGGGAGCUCGGGGAGGCGGAAGUGGAGGUGGUGGCGGCGGAGGUGGAGGCGGUCAUUCGGAGAACGUGCCGCCGUACCACGACGUGCACGCGCACCACCACCACCACGAGCGUCCGCCCGCAUACGAGGAACUGAACUCCUUUUUUUCAUAAUUGGAAAAACACAAAUGUGUCGAUCGUCGUCAUCAUCGUCAAAUAUUCGUGUGGGUCUUAAAAAAAACAGACGCAUUACCUUUACAACAAACAGGUUUAUUUAAUGCAGUCAAAAUAAAAGGAUUGCUUUUCCCUGGACUUUAAACGGAACUACAAUGGACUCGUGGUGGAAAAUAAUGAAUAAAAGGAUAACACCCAGUCGAGCGGUUUACCAUAUUUUUCCCAAAUUGUAAUAACGGAAUGCGUUACCAAUGUAAAAAAAAAAAAAAGAGUGAAUCAAUCACAAAAUGCUAACAAUAAAAAAAGCAAAAUAAAAAGGACAAACACAAUCGAGUACCUAUGAUAUAAAAGUCGGGGAUGUUUAUUCCAAAUAAAUCAUAAGGGUCCUUUUGCAGUGGUUUCUCUUAUUCUGUUUUUCUUUAACUUUCCUUGAUUUUUUUAUAUUGGAAAAUCACUCAACCAGAACCAGAUAAUUCACAAAGGUUCUUUUCAGGUUCAGGGGAUUGAUGUUUUUUCGACCCUUUGACACUUUAUGAUUCAGUAUUUUUCUUCUUAUUUUCUUCAGGCCUUCAUGCUUGAGAAUUUCACGGUAUUCUCGGUAUUCCUUUUUUUCUUUUAUAUCUCAAAGAGAUUUUUUGGGAACAUUGGUCACAACAUCUGACACAAAUUAGCUUUUGUGUCAAUGGAUAAUUUGUGGCAGUGAAUCAGCAACGAGUAGUUCCUCAGGCCAGU